CUCAACUCAUUUUUUUCUCUCUCUCUCUAGUCUGUGCAUGAUACUUGUCUCUCAAUUUGCUACAUCUUUCUCUUGAUCAAUCUCUUUUCUGACAAGUGAUCAAUAAAAAUGGCAGAACACAAAGUAGCAAGGUUUUCAAGUUGUCGUGGAGUUGCCUUUGAAAUUAAUCCGGAGAAAACAAGUCCAUUUUCAAUAGCAACUACUCCUAUAGUUGAAGCACCAAAAGAGCCGUCUAAUGCAACGUGGGUAUGGCUUCCAUGGACUCAAAAGAGUUCUUUCAAGGUGUUUCCGACAUCUUUAACUGGAUCAUUUCAUAGGUCUCUAAGUCGACCUAGUAAUCAUUUCUGUGACUUAGAUGUCGACGACGAGGAUGAUCAUGAUGAUGAUACCAUUUAUGAGGAUGAAGAAGAAGUAGAUUUAGAGGUCUUCUUUGAAAAAGAUCUCGAGAAACAGAAUUCCGUUCUUAAGACUUCGUUUGGAUCCAAACCAUCCACCAAGAGACAAGAAUCACUGCUGAGGAAAUUACCACCCAAAAAACCUCAAUCUAGACUUUCGAUCAUUUUACUUGAUCAGGGGCUUUUUACCGUCUACAAACGGCUGUUUGUUGUUUGUUUUACGUUAAAUAUUAUCGGAAUAGUUCUCGCUGCAGUCGGGCGUUUCCCAUAUGCAAAAGAAAAGGCUGCUCUCUUUUCUAUUGCCAAUAUACUUGCACUUGUUCUAUGUAGAAGUGAAGCAAUAUUAAGGGUCGUGUUCAUGUUAGCAGUGAAGGUCUUAGGAAGGUCAUGGAUCUCGGUACAAAUAAGAACUGCAACAACUUCUUUUCUUCAAUGCCUUGGAGGAGUACAUAGCGGUUGUGGUGUUUCUGCCAUUGCUUGGUUGAUCUUUGCUCUAAUUCUUACCCUAAAUGAUAGAAACAGCACUUCUUCAGAGAUCAUUGCUGUUGCUUCUUCCCUUUUAUUUCUCAUCGGUCUCUCCCUUCUCGUAUGGGUCUUCAUCGUUCUUACCAAUUCUUAUGAACCAUAUCAAAAAACCAACGACUUCAGUUCAUCCAGAUUCAUCAAAACUCAAGAAUUUUGGAUCACGUUAGUCAUCACUAUUGUUAUCAUCCUCCCAUGGCUAACAGUAAGACGGGUACCCGUUAGGAUAUCUACUCCUUCAAAUCACGCAUCCAUAAUCAAGUUCGAAGGAGGAAUAAAAGCGGGAAUCCUUGGGAGAAUUAGUCCAUCACCAUUCUCCGAAUGGCAUGCAUUCGGAAUCAUAUCAGAUGGAAAGAAUGAACAUAUGAUGUUAGCUGGUGCAGUAGGUGAUUUCACUAAAACCUUAGUUUCAAAUCCUCCAAGUCAUUUAUGGGUCAGAGGAGUUCAUUUUGCUGGUCUUCCCUACCUUGUCAACAUGUACGAAAGAGUUGUAUUAGUAGCAACAGGAUCAGGAAUCUGUGUGUUUCUAUCAUUCCUUUUGCAACCAUCCAGAGCUGAUGUCUGCGUAAUUUGGGUUGCUAAAGGGAUUGAGCAGAAUUUUGGGAAAGAGAUACAACAAAUGAUGAGCGGGUUUCCAAAGGACAAGGUUAUCGUUCACGAUACGGCAGUUCUUGGUCGGCCGAACGUAGCAAAAUUGAGUAUCGAUGCCGCGAAGAAAUGGGAUGCUCAGGUUGUGAUUGUAACUAGCAAUCCCGAAGGCAGUAGAGAUGUUGUCGAUGCAUGCAAAGGUGCUGGGAUUCCUGCUUUUGGACCUAUCCGGGACUCAUGAGUAUAAAAUUAGUUGAACAAUUACUUGAAAUCAGCUAAUUCCUGGGACCAAAACAAAUUGUACCAGGAAUCUUUUUUUGGUCGUCCUACAACUUUUGUGUAUAAUAAUAUAUUUGAUGGAAGUACUUCCGGUAUAGCUAAAUGCAAGUAAGUUUGCUAGGGGAAAUUGGCAAUACUACUACUCCUUGGUUUUUUUCUUCUUGUUAGUUGGACCUUAAGAUACAAGUCUUUAAUUUAGUAGAUGUCCUUUGUCAAACCCGACAUAUUGAAUUAAUUACG